UUUUCUGCCAUUAUAAUCUUGAAUUGCAUACAAACAUGUACGAAGCUUGGAUAUUACUAUUAAGUUUCAUUCAUGUGAUUCUUGGAUAUCCAGAUGGCGCACCUGAACGUGCUUGCUUUUACAUGACACCAAGACAUACACAUCCACAUACAGGCCAACCGUGUUUAAAACAAACUGGGCCAGCCCCAUAUAGAAUUACUGUGUCUAAUACAACUUUUACUGCUGGAAAUGCCAUACAUGUAACAAUAAGUGGUGCACCAUUUAAAGGAUUUUUCAUAAUAGCAGCCGAAGAAGGUUCAAAAGACUGGCCAAGCGGUACAUUUAGUUCCCAAGAUCCUCUCAAAGGUAGAACAGUGUGGUGUUCUGUUCGAAAUGAUGCAGCAACACAUUCAAACGACAGAUGGAAAGAUGCCGUCACGUUACAGUGGUGGGGACCAAGUUUUAGUCCAGCAGAUAUGAUUAGAUUUGUAGCUACAGUGGUUACAAACAGAACAACAUACUGGACAGACAUUUUAGGACCAGUGAUGACACAAGGUCAAGCCGCAGAAGGAGCAGUCGUAGAAGGUGGUGGAGGUUUAUUCGCAGGAACAGGAAGAGAUGCAUGGGGAUACCCAACGACUGCAUCAUGGAUGAGCAACAGCAGAGGUGGAGGAGGAGUGGGAGGAGGAGGAGUAGGCGGAGGCGGAAGAGGUUUUUCAACAGGUGUUGGGGGAUUUAACAACAAUAGAGGGUUUAAUAGAUUUGCCGGUGGAGCAGGAGGAGAAGGUCCUACUAAACCAGCACCGACAGAAGGAGGGUCAAUAUGGAAUGAAUCACCACGUCGGGGGAAUUCGUUUGGUCGUGGUGGAGGUAACGCGGGUAGAGGAUCUACGAAUAAUGCAUUCCUACAAAUGGUGAAAUCCUUAUUUGGAAUGAAGUAAUGAAUGAAACGUGUGUGAUACAAAUAAAUACAAUUUAAAUAUAGAUCGGAAAAUAUUUGUCCACAUAUUUCAGAACAGGAUAUUUGGACAUAAUUUAAUAUGAGCCUGAGUUAGCUGCUGUUUAUUGAGAGGCGUCUUUUUCAUUAAAGAUGCAACAUGAAGUCCCUCUAUCAUUUUAAAUGUUAUUUAUCUCCAUGUCAGGAGGUUAUCUCAUAUUGCAGCUUUGAUUAUAAUUUGACAAGUGAGUGUUCAUAAAUAUUCGCGAUUUCCAUUUUUUCCCAUAAAAUCUAUAUAAAAUUU